AUGUCUGACCCUGAAUUAGAAAUGGAUGAUCACUACGUUACGCUACUACUGCCCCAUCUUUGUCAGAAAAAAGAGCGCAAUAGGCGCACGCAAAAUGCUACGGCUGCUUCUGUAGUUGUUAUAAGUAAAAAAUCGUCUAGCCGUGAUAGUGCUCCGUGCCUUGAGUACCGCUUAGAAAGCAAAAGCAGCAAACAUCCGAGGGCUUGGAUGAAAAAGGGUAAAGAAAUUGUAUAUCGCAAUCUCCAGUUUGCAUAA